AGGACUUCAGAGCGGAGCAGUGCGCCGAAUUCAACAGCAUACCGUUCGAGGGAAUUUACUACGAUUGGAUCCCGUACACCGGCGGGCCGAACAAGUGCGAUUUGAAUUGCAUGCCGCGCGGCGAGCGUUUCUUCUACAAGCACAGGCAGAUGGUGAUCGACGGGACGCCAUGCGAGGCCGAGAAGAACGACGUCUGUGUCGGAGGCAAAUGCAUGCACGUCGGAUGCGACAUGAUGCUUGGAAGCGACGUGAAGGAGGAUGCGUGCCGGGAAUGCGGCGGCGAUGGCUCCGACUGCAACACCGUUUCCAGUUUGUUCGACACCGACGAUCUUCAACGGGGAUACGUCGAUAUCAUAUUGAUACCCAAGGGAGCAACGAACGUGGUGGUAAAGGAGAUCGAGGCGUCGAACAAUUAUUUAGCUAUUAGAAACACUUCGGGGCACUAUUAUCUAAAUGGAAACUGGAGGAUAGAUUUUCCGCGAAGCCUGAAAUUCGCCGGGACCAUAUUCCAUUAUUCGAGAGAUCCGCAAGGUUUCGCGGCACCCGAUACCAUUACCACCUUGGGGCCGACGAGUGAACCAAUUUACGUGGUGCUUCUCUAUCAAGAGCAUAACGUCGGGGUGCACUACGAGUACAGCAUACAGAAGAAAUUCUCUCAGCAAACAGGCGCGGAUAGCUACACGUGGAUAACCGAAGAAUUUUCCAGCUGCAGUGCGACUUGCGGCGGAGGUUAUCAAUCGAGACGAGUGGCCUGCGUUCGAAGAAGAGAUAACCAACCGGUGGAUGAGAGCCUUUGCAACCCGGAGUUGGAACCAGCUGACACACAAGCUUGUAACCAGGACCCGUGUCCACCUGUGUGGGUGGAAAGCGAGUGGGGCCCUUGUAGCAAGGACUGCGGCGAAGGAGGUGAGCAGACCAGAGAGAUCAAAUGCGAGCAGGUCAUCUCCGGCGGAAUCCCCACGGUGGUGGACGACAGUCAGUGUCUGGAGAAGGUGGGACCAAAAGGGCCCACCAGCCAGGAGUGUAACAGGAAAUUGGUGUGCCCGCAAUUCCACGUAGGACCAUGGAAACCGUGCGACCGUUUGUGCGGUCCAGGGAAGCAGGUGAGAAAAGUGACGUGUUACAAGAAGAUAAACGGCAGGAUCCAAGUGCUGGAGGACAAGGCUUGCGAGGGAGAGGUUCCCGAGCGUGAGAAACCAUGCGAAUUGAGACCUUGCGCGGGCCUCGACUGGGUCACGUCGGAUUGGAGUGGUUGCGACGAGAAAUGUGGGCUGACUCAAGAGACCAGGACCACUCGCUGCGCCACUCAAGAUGGGACCGUUUAUCCGGACGAGAAAUGCGACGCGACGAAGAAGCCGGAAUUGACGCGGGACUGCGAGAGCAAGAAGGAGUGCGAGUUCUUGUGGUUCGCUUCUCAGUGGAGCGACUGUUCGGCGGACUGUGGGUCAGGUGUGCAGAGCCGCAAGGUGUUCUGCGGCACUUUCGACGACGAAACGAUGAAGAAAGUAUCUGACGAAAACUGCGAUCCGAAGAAGAGGAUGAACGAGACGAAGGUCUGCACCGCCGAAGAGGAGUGCAAAGGCGAAUGGUUCGCUGGACCAUGGAGCAAGUGCUCGAAACCGUGCGGCAGUGGCACGAUGGACCGCAAGGUGAUUUGCAUGAAGGACAACAUGGUGUCGAGCAACUGCGGCCCCGACAAGAUCAUAUUCUCCUUUGAACACUGCAACGACCAACCGUGCGAGGAGGACCAGGUAAUUCCAAUGGAGCCGGACAAAAUCAAAGAUCUCACCGAUGAGGACGAAGAAUGCGAGGUAUACGAGGACGAGGACUUCGUGACUGUCUCCUCCAGUCUCUCCAGCGAUAAAUCGAAUAAGAUGGCAGACCUUACCGAGGCAACUCCCCUCAGUUCACCAGACACUGGUGAUACCUCUGUUAGCGACGCAUAUGACGGAAUGUUAGGAGAUGCCGGGUACACCAGGGGCGAUAUACCUCCUACAGAAACCGGAAGCGGUGAAGGAAGUGGCACAGACUUUACCGAUUCGUUCAUGUACACGUACUCGUCAGGAUUCGAGACGUCGUUCGAGGGCAGUGGGACUGGCGAAACUGGGAAAGAUGACGACUUGUUCACUACGGUGUCUGGAAUCACGGAAUCUGACAUUACCGAAGAGACAGUCGAGGGAUCCACCUCGGGUUCCACCGACGAGUCGACUUCUGAAACGGAGGAAACUCCGGCGUCUGGUGAAACAAACAUGACAACCGAAUCCGGAGCAACCGAGGAAACGACGAGCGAAUCGACCGAUCAGAGUUCCGAGUCCACAGUUUCUUUUGAGACGGAAGGUACCACUGUUUCGUCAUUGACGGAAUCUACGGAGCCAGCAGCUACUGGAUUGACAGAAUCUACCGAAUCAGGUGCAACAGCGGAAACAGAGAGCACUGUCACUGAAGCGGAUGUGAAAGGCGAACCUUGGGAGGAAUCAGAUGAAUUAGUCACGGAGACCACAGAAUCAGGUGCCACUGAAGAAACCACUGAGUCAGGACCUACAGAAUCAACCAUAUCCACGGAAUCAGGAGCUACAGAGGAAUCUACAGAAUCUGGAGCUACAGAAGAAUCCACAGAAUCUGGAGCUACGACAGAAUCUGGAGGCACAACUGAGUCCGGAGCUACGACAGAGUCCGGAGCUACGACGGAGCCUGGUGCUACGACAGAAUCUGGAGCCACGACAGAGUCCGGAGCUACGACAGAGCCUGGAGCUACGACAGAGCCUGGAGCUACGACAGAGCCUGGAGCCACGACAGAGCCUGGAGCUACGACAGAGCCUGGAGCUACGACAGAAUCCGGAGCCACGACAGAGCCUGGAGCCACGACAGAGCCUGGAGCUACGACAGAACCUGGAGCCACGACAGAGUCUGGAGCUACGACAGAACCUGGAGCCACGACAGAGCCUGGAGCCACGACAGAGUCCGGAGCUACGACAGAGCCUGAAGUGAUCGGAACAACGGAAGUCACUGAAACAACGGAAUCUGGAGCGACGACAGAAGCUGGACUAACAGAAACUGGAGCUACGACAGAAUCUGGAGCUACAACAGAAUCAGUAGCGACGGAAAUGACCGAAUCAACAAAGUCAGGAGCAACUACCGAGGCCACGGAAUCUGCUCUGAUCGAAACUACCGAAUCAGGUAUGACCACCGAGUCUGGUGUAACUACCGAGUCAGGUAUGACUACCGAAUCUGGUAUGACUACCGAAUCUGGUAUGACUACCGAGUCAGGAAUGACUACCGAAUCUGGUAUGACUACCGAAUCUGGCAUGACUACCGAAUCUGGUAUGACUACCGAAUCUGGCAUGACUACCGAAUCUGGCAUGACCACGGAAUCCGGCGAAACAACAACCGAGGCAACCACGGUUUCCGGUGAAACCACUGAAUCUGGUGCCACCACCGAGUCAGGAGAAACUACGGAGUCUGGUGCAACAACAGAGAGCAGUGAAACCUCUGUGUCUGAAGUGACCGAGACGACAGUAUCUGGAUUAACACCAUCGACUGACGAGGAGGAGACUGAAAUGACCGAGAAAACUCACAUAUCCGAAUUCUGGACGACUAUCGGCCCAGACGAAGAAACCGCAUCGCGCAAACCUCGCAUUUGCAAAAUUCCUAGGAAGAAGACCUGCAAGACCUCGAUCUACGGUUGUUGCUACGAUGGAGUCACUAUGGCACAAGGACCAUUCGGCCAAGGCUGUCCCAUUGCACAGACCUGUAACGAUACCAAAUACGGUUGCUGCGACGACGGAGUAUCCCCAGCCACUGGUCCAGAGAAUCAGGGCUGUCCCGAAUCGAACUGCGAUGAAACGCUAUUCGGUUGCUGCCCCGACGGAGUUACUAUUUCCGAAGGCAACGAUUUUGAGGGCUGCAAGAAACCUUGCAACGAGACUGAAUUUGGAUGUUGCCCUGAUAACGAGACUCCAGCCAGUGGAGAAGAUAAUUUGGGAUGCUGCAAUGUUACCGAAUUCGGUUGCUGUCCUGAUGGAAUGAAAUCCGCUGCUGGACCGGACGGAGAAGGUUGCGAGGAGAUUACUUCUGUCACUCCCACGACGGAAGAAUACGAGACAACUACUGUACAGGAAGUUUGCACGAAUACUACCUACGGAUGUUGUCCAGACGGUGUCUCGUUCGCGACUGGUUUGAACUUCGAGGGCUGUGGUGUAAUCAACGCAGACAAUUGCACCGUGUCGUACUUCGGAUGCUGUCCAGACAACACUUCCCCAGCCCUUGGGCCCAACUACCUUGGCUGCUAUAUGGCCUGCGAGAACAGCACCUACGGCUGCUGCGAGGACGGUGUCACCCCAGCUCACGGUCCAAAUAGAGAGGGUUGCUGCCUGUCGACACCGUACAAGUGCUGCCCAGACAACAUACUCCCAGCCCGUGGGCCAGACUUUUAUGGUUGUGGAUGCCAGUACACGAGAUUCGGCUGUUGCCCUGACAAUAGCACUGCUGCUCGCGGACCGAACAGCGAGGGUUGCGGUUGCAAGUACACGCCUCACGGCUGUUGCCCUAACCGCUUCACCCCGGCCACAGGACCGAAUUACGAUGGCUGUCCGUGUUAUACGUACCAGUUCGGAUGCUGCCCUGAUGGUGUCACUAUCGCCAAAGGACCUCGCGGAUUAGGUUGCGGUUGCGAGAAUACCGAAUUCAAGUGCUGCUCCGACGGAAAAACGCCGGCUAAGGGUGCAAACUACGCUGGCUGCACUUGCGACGCCUCGAAGUACGGAUGUUGUCCCGACGGGCAAGAGGAAGCUCAAGGGGAGAACUUCGAGGGCUGUCUGUCGGUUCCAGUUUCCCUUGGCUCGGCUUGUGCGUUGAAGAGGGACAGAGGACCCUGCCGAGACUUUACCGUCAACUGGUACUUCGACACGGAGUAUGGUGGUUGCUCGCGAUUCUGGUACGGAGGCUGCGAGGGUAACAACAAUCGAUUCAAGACUCAAGGAGAAUGCAAAGACGUGUGCGUGCAGCCUAAAGGAAAAGAUGUCUGCUUCCUACCAAGGAUCUCCGGACCCUGCGAGGGCUAUUUCCCUAAAGAAGAGUGCGAGGAACUCUGUGUCUCUACCGAUCUGGAUGCUUGCGAGCAGCCGAAAGAGGCAGGUCCAUGCGAAGGCAACUUCACCAGAUGGUUCUACAACGCGGAAUUGCAAGCCUGCGAGCAAUUCCGGUACGGCGGGUGCAAAGGAAACGAUAACAACUUUGCAACGGAAAUCGCUUGUCACCAGCAAUGCUUGCAGCCAGGAAGAAGAGAUAGUUGCUUGCUGCCUCGAGCGGAAGGUAACUGUGGUGAGAAGCAAUCUCGAUGGUACUUCGAUCAGUCGGAGAACCGGUGCAUGCCAUUCUACUAUACUGGUUGCGGUGGGAAUAAAAAUAAUUUUGAAUCUAGGGAUGCAUGCGAGUCUGAUUGCCCUGCUAAGAUUGAGCAAGACACCUGUCUCUUGCCCGCGCAUAUGGGAGAAUGCCACAACUAUACCCAACGAUGGUAUUACGACUCGUACGAGCAACAGUGUAGACAGUUCUACUAUGGUGGUUGCGGUGGGAACGAAAACAAUUUCGUCUCGGAACAGGACUGCUUUAGCAGGUGUCAGACUACCAUCACCACCGCUGCGCCGUCGAAAGAGGUCGAAUUUAAACCAGACUUCUGCUUCCUUCCGGACGAGCAUGGUCCCUGCUCCGAGGAACAAGUUAAAUGGUUCUACGACAGCAGAGAGGGCAUCUGCAAGCAAUUCAGGUACGGCGGCUGUCACAGCAACGGGAACAACUUCAACAGUCGCGAGGAGUGCGAGUAUCGAUGCGAGGACGUGCAAGACCCUUGCAGCCUACCCAAAGUCAUCGGUCCCUGCAAUGGCUUCGUCAAGCAGUACUACUAUGAUCAUCGAACGGAUUCUUGCUCAGAAUUCGAGUACAGCGGUUGCCAAGGUAACAAGAAUCGCUUCCAGGAUAGAGAGUCCUGCGAGAGGAAGUGUCAGAAACAACCACCAACGCAGGCAACUCCAAAUGUCACCGUCACACCCGCACCUCCGGUCGAGACUGUCUCGAAGAGUCCGAUUUGCUACAUGUCGUUUGAUCCUGGCACUUGCAACGGUGAUCGUACCGCUUUCUACUACGACUCGGCUAAUCAGAUGUGUCAGGCAUUCAUCUAUGGUGGUUGCGAAGGAAACGCCAACAGAUUCCAAACGGAGGAACAGUGCGAACGACUCUGCGGAAAGUUCCAUGGACAAGAUAUAUGCAACCUACCGGUGAAUGCUGGCGAGUGCAGAGGUGACUUCAGGAAGUACUAUUACGACUCGGUCACUCGCAUUUGCCGCGAAUUUUCAUACGGUGGAUGCGAGGGCAAUGCGAACAGAUUCAGCUCGAUGGUAGAGUGCGAAUCCAUUUGCAUACAUCACGAAGAACCCGUCUCCGGAAACGACACCAGCUUCUCGAGCUUGUCGGUUUGUAAAGAACCGGUCGACAGUGGAUCUUGCACUUCCGGUUCGUCCAAGCGGUACUACUUCGACGAGCAAGAGCAAACCUGUCGUACGUUCGUGUACACUGGAUGCGGUGGCAAUCGUAACAGAUUCAAGACCUUCGAGUCUUGCAUUAGCACUUGUCUCAGCACUACUAACGAGAUCGACGUAGACUCUGGAGCGAACGCGAAAGAUCCUUGCGUGGAAACUCGCAAAGAAUGCAGCACCAUUCGUUGUCCUUAUGGCAAGGAAGCGUUCGUGGACUCCCAGGACUGCGAGCGAUGCCGUUGCGUGGAUCCAUGCAGGACUCAGGUUUGUCCGGAUGACACCAAGUGCGCCAUCACCCUCGUCGCUACUAAGGAUGGCACGGAGUACAAGGGAAUUUGCAGAUCAGUGACGAAACCAGGCCGCUGUCCAAACGUGUCGAACAGCACCAGGUGCGAGCAGGAAUACGCGGAUUGCUCUGGGGAAAUGAAGUGCUGCAACAAUGGCUGCGGCACUUCCUGUCUAGAACCAGCAGCCAUGGAAGUUUCCACUACACCGAGACCAUGGAUUACCUCGCCACCGCCUGGAGCAGAACCAGCUUCGCUCGAGAAGCCAAAGGAGCCAAAGGUCAGCGCUCAGGAGGGUAGCUAUGUAACGUUGCAGUGCGUAGCCCUGGGAAAUCCGAAACCAACCAUCACGUGGAGGAAGGGCACGGCAUUGAUUGCAGCUUCGGAAAGCAGACGUCGCAUCCUGCUCGAUGGUUCUCUUCAAAUUAUUAAUUUAGAUCGAUACGACGGUGGGACUUAUGUCUGCACUGCUGACAAUGGUUUGGGACCACCGGUAAGAGUGGAAUACGAAUUGGUGAUCACAGAACCGACAGAUCUAGCCGCAGCCAUUUUGGGAGAACCUAACACUCACGUGAUAGUUUCCAUGAACUCUCCCAUAUCUCUGCACUGCUACGCAUGGGGUUGGCCCAGACCUUUCGUCACCUGGUGGCGAGGCGAUCGCAUGUUGCCGCUCUCUUCGGACAUUUACGAACAGGAUUCCGAAUACACACUACUGAUACGAACCGUCACGCUACCCAUUCUGGGCGAGUACACCUGCCAAGCUUUCAACGCCAUCGGCAAAGCCGCGUCUUGGUCGGUGACAUUGCAAGCUGUCGGUCCGGUGUACAAUAUCAAGCCCGAGUACGACGAGUACAUGAAGUACCUCGUUGAGGCGCCUAGAAAACCGGAGAAACCCCGGUACCCCCAUAAACCCAACAGAACGCAUGCCUCUGACUAUCACACUUACGGACCUGGACACCCGACUAGACAAUCUCACGUUACCACUCCCAGUCCCAUUGGAUUUACCACCAGUGCAGAGUUUGGUGCAUCGUUUAGAGUGCCCGUCACAACCAACAUAACGUUAGGACAGAAUCAGUUCCCCGAGGGAAGCGAUAUUAGCAUCCCUUGCCACGUAGACGGUUAUCCGGUUCCUCGAAUAUAUUGGUACAAAGAAAACGAUUUGAUUCAGCCGAACAAUCGAAUACAAAUCACCGAAGUGAACAGACUCGUGAUUGGCAACGCGAAUCGAGAAGAUUCUGGCAGAUAUCGCUGCGAAGCGAAGAACGACUACUCGAUGUCUUCCUCUGUAGUGACCAUAGAAGUCGCAGGAAUCUUUAUUCAUCCGAAUUGCGUGGACAAUUCGUUCUUCGCGAAGUGCGAUCUGAUCGUGGAGGCGAAAUACUGCAUGCACAAGUACUACGCGAAGUUCUGCUGCCGAUCCUGCACCAAGGCCGGCCAGCUACCCCCCUGAGGUUCUCACCUGGCCAAUUCGAAGAGGAGGCGCAGGUGCAUCAUGAAGAGCCUCGUCUAAGAACACUUGGUUGCUUCCGGUGAGCCCGACGAGCAUGAUAAAGAGCAAUUACGAUCGUGCGUGUUUUAAUUAGCUCUUAAUCUAUCGAGGGUUGAAAAGGGAAAAACAAUAUAUAUAUAAACGAAGGAAACGACGACGAGGCCGCGUGAUGAUUCGAUUCGAACACUCGUCUGUCUCGAGCGUGUGUGCCGCAUAAACGUGACGUUAAUUCACUGCCAAAGCCUUAGAACGUCUAUACAUAGAUACCUUUAAUAUAUAAUUAAGCAAC